CAUUUUAGUUUUACGCAAAGAGAAAUAUUACACACAGAGCAAAACUUGCAACUUGACUUGCAUCUCAACCACGAUUAUAUAGUUUUGAAUAUUAUAACAAACAUAAAAAAUGUCGGCUAAUGAAUCGCAAGACGACUCAUUAUAUCCUAUAGCUGUUCUUAUCGACGAACUUAGAAAUGAGGAUGUUCAGCUCCGUUUAAACUCAUUGAAAAAGUUAUCCACUAUUGCACUUGCUCUUGGUGUGGAAAGAACCAGAAGUGAAUUAAUCCCUUUUCUUACUGAUACUAUCUAUGAUGAAGACGAGGUUCUACUAGCAUUGGCUGAACAACUGGCAGGUUUCACACCUCUGGUUGGUGGUCCUGAGCAUGUUCAUUGUUUGUUACCUCCACUGGAAAGUCUAGCAACAGUUGAAGAAACAGUCGUUCGAGAUAAAGCUGUUGAUUCGUUGAGACAAAUUGCAGCUGACCAUUCUGUGGAUGACCUGGAAAAUCAUUUUGUUCCAUUAGUUAAAAGAUUAGCACAAGGAGAUUGGUUUACAUCACGAACAUCUGCAUGUGGCUUGUUUGCUUGUUGUUAUGAGCGUGUUGGAAAUAAUACAAAAACAGAUCUCCGCACUGCGUUUAAAACUUUGUGUUGUGAUGAUACACCAAUGGUACGAAGAGCUGCAGCUGGGAAACUUGGUGAAUUCGCCAAGACUGUGGAAAUUGAAUAUGUUAAAUCAGACUUAAUACCAUCGUUUACGAAUCUCGCUAUUGAUGAUCAAGAUUCAGUUCGUUUAUUAGCUGUCGAAGCAUGUGUUUGUAUCGCAGAUAUCUUACCACCAGCUGAUAAAGAAACUUUUAUGAUGCCUACCUUACGCAACGCAGCUCAAGAUAAAUCAUGGCGAGUGCGUUAUAUGGUUGCAGAUAAAAUAGUGGACUUACAAAAGGCAGUAGGUCCAGAUAUAAGCAAACAGGACUUGGUACCAUCAUAUGCUGCCUUGCUGAAGGACUGUGAGGCAGAAGUAAAAACAGCAGCUGCACAUAAAGUAAAAGACUUUUGUGAAAAUCUUCCAGCAGAUGUAAAAGAACAAGCUAUAAUGCUGACAUUGUUACCAUGCGUAAAGGAUUUAGUUAUUGAUCCUAAUAUGCAUGUGAAAUCAGCAUUAGCAGGUGUUAUCAUGGGUUUGGCACCAAUGUUAGGAAAAGACAACACUAUUGAACAUCUGUUACCGUUAUUUUUAACGAUGCUUAAAGAUGAGUUUCCAGAUGUACGCUUAAAUAUAAUCUCAAACUUGGAUAGUGUCAAUCAAGUUAUUGGUAUUCACCAGUUGUCUCAAUCCCUACUUCCUGCCAUAAUGGAACUAGCUGAAGAUCCAAAAUGGAGAGUACGGCUUGCUAUAAUUGAAUAUAUGCCUCUACUAGCUGGACAGUUGGGUGUUCAGUUCUUUGAUGAGAAAUUAAGUGCUUUGUGCAUGAGCUGGCUAGUUGAUCACGUGUAUGCUAUUCGUGAAGCUGCUGCUAUUAAUUUGAAACACUUGGUGGAGAAAUUCGGAUUGGAAUGGGCGCAAAAUAAAGUUAUUCCAAAAAUUCUUGCCAUGGCAAAAGACACGAAUUAUUUACAUCGAAUGACAACUCUCUUCACCAUCAAUACGAUCAUUGACGUGUGUGGGACGGACGUCACGAGCAAAUUGAUUUUACCGACUGUCGUCAGCUUAUCUAACGAUAACGUUGCUAACGUUCGAUUUAACGUCGCUAAAACCUUACAAAAGAUAGCACCUCUUCUUGAUGCACAAUCUAUCCAAUCUACAAUCAAACCGUGCUUGACGCAGUUGAAUACCGAUACAGACACAGAUGUCAAAUACUUCGCACAAGAAGCGUUAGCAGUUUGCUGAUUCGUGAUGUAGCUAGCACACUAGCCUUGAUUCCAUCAGUUUAUUUUCUUACGACGUUUAAGUAUACCAGUGUAAUAUAGCCGAGAAGAAAUCGAUUUUAUUGUUCUGUAACUAUUACAAUAACCUCCCCUUUUA